UGCUCGGAGGUGGAGGUGGAGGCUGAGCGCUGAAAUGCGGCUUCGGGGCGUGCGGGGCUGGCUUCUCCGAGGCGGGCUGUCGCAGGCGGCCGGGCGGGCAGGCAGGGAGCUCGCGGGAGUUCCAGCCCGGCUCCCGGAGUGGCCAGGCGGCAAAGGUGCGUGUCUGGAAAGCUCGUUCCAGUUUUGGCAUUAGCAAAGGAGAACGUGGACCUGGAAUGCCGAGAGAGCGGGCUGAAGCUGCGCCCACUGCCUGCUCAGUGGGCCUGAGCUGAGCCCGGCAAGUUGAGGCGCCGGCACGUUGUGCCCACCCUAGAAGAACCGUUGCGGGGUGACCGAGGUGGUGUGACAGCAUCCUAGCCUGGUGAAGAGGAGAUAGAAAGACUCCACACCACAGGACAUCUGCCACUGAGACGUCGUGGGGUUCUUCAGAAUCCCACCCCUUCCCCGCACAAAAAGGUGGUGGGGGGGGGGAGAGAACACUCCCCAAAUCGAAAUCCACCGAGACUCUGGACAACUUUCCUAAAGGAGCCCCAGGCGUGUCCUUGCUGGACCCCUCCGGUGCAAAUUUCUCCUCCCUGCCUGCAGACUAGCCAGCUGCAUUCGGCUCCUAUUGGCAUCGUUGGGACUGACUGGGAACGCCGCUUUGAGAUCCACUCUUUGCAUCCAGGACUGAGGACUGUUUGCUCAUUCUUCCCUCCACCCCGCCCUAUUUUGGAAUUCUCAGCAUCAGAACAGCGGAGAUUUGAAGGCUGAGAAACCUUGCAGUCAGAACUGCCUUUAGACCCAAGGAUAUGCUUGCUUCUCCCUCCUUGUGCUAAUCCUGUCCCUCUCCCUCCCUCCUCUUUUUCUUUUUCCUCUCCCUCUAACUUUUUUCGGGAGACACUUGGCAAACCCCGGGGGAGCACGCUACCUGCGGAAGCCUUGCUAGACGGAAGCCCCUUGGAAGGGGGUGUUACUGCUCAUGGCAAGCCCACUCUGGUGAAAGGCAGAGAGCUGGGCUUCUCCAGAGAAUUGCAAGCAAGAAUUCUCUCCUGCAGCCAAAAGGGGGCCGGGGGAAAGGCUCCUUCCCGCAGUCACAGCAGGAGGAGGAGGCGGAAAGAGGAGGGAGGGGGAGGCUUUGGGCUCGCUAACCCUCGCCUCCCCUUAGUUCGGCUUUGAGGGGAUGUCGACCGCAAGCCCCGGCUGCUCUGUUUAAUGCUGCGCGCGGGCCCUCCGACGCACAGUGGGUCUUACGUGGAGCGGGGUUGGACGAAUUCGCCCCUGGUGACCGCUCCGAAAUCGGAUUUCAGAUGCAUGCCAGGUUUCCAGUGAAUGCCAGAAGUCCAGCUCACUCCUCAUGGAUCCUCCAAAUCCACAUGGAAGUGGUGGGUCAUUUGUGGUGAUCCAGCAGCCUUCCCUGGAUGGCCGGCUGAGGUUGGACCACGAGAGGGAGAGCCAGACCACCACUAUCUUGUCCCUGGACCAGAUCAAGUCCAUCAGAGGCAACAAUGAGUACACUGAAGGGCCAUCGGUGCUCAAAAAACCUGGCCCCAGGCUAGCGCCCAGACCAGAGAAACAUGAGAGGACUCAUGAAAUCAUACCCCUUAACGUGAAUAACAAUUCCGAGCACCAACCCCCAGGCCAUGUGGGGUUACCCACUAACUCCAGGGUUCCUGUACUCAGCAGGUCCACCAGUACAGGGAGUGCAGCUAGCUCUGGCAGCAACAGCAGUGUGUCCUCAGAGCAGGGCCUGCUGGGAAGAUCCCCUCCAUCCCGACCGGGUCCUGGCCGGCAGGUGGAAAGGGCCAUCCGGUCCCAGCCUAAGCGGGCCUCCUCCAUCACAGAAGACCUGAAAGUUGCCUUGAAAGAGGAACCCUCUACACAGCACAAGUUCAUCUGUGAACGGUGUGGGAAGUGUAAGUGUGAAGAGUGUACAGCCCCCAGGGCCCUGCCCUCCUGCCUGGCCUGUGACCGUCAGUGCCUGUGCUCCGCCGAGAGCAUGGUAGAGUACGGCACUUGCAUGUGCCUGGUCAAGGGCCUCUUCUAUCAUUGCUCCAAUGAUGAUGAGGGGGACUCCUAUGCAGACCACCCCUGCUCUUGUUCCCAGGCCCAUUGCUGCUCUCGUUACCUGUGCAUGGGGACCAUGGCCCUGUUCCUGCCUUGUUUACUGUGUUAUCCCCCGGCCCAGGGCUGUUUGAAGCUCUGCCGGGGCUGCUAUGACCGGAUGACACGGCCCGGCUGCCGAUGUAAAAACUCCAACACUGUCUAUUGUAAGCUGGAGAGCUGCCCCUCUCGGGCUCAGGGCAAACCCUCAUGAUGAGGGGAGGUGGACUCAACCUUGGGAUUGUCUCAACUUUCAGGUUGGGACUGCGGGUUUGUUUUCCUCUGCUCCCCUUCCCCUUAAUCCAUCCCUUCUCCUCAGGUCCCACCUUCACUCUCCUCUGCUGCUGGAUUUCCUCCCUUUCCUUCUUGUGGAUGAGCUUUGGAUGCUGACCUUGCACCUGGCUCCCACCUUGGACAAGAGCCUCACGGCUGAUCUGCCUGUUGUGUUCCUUAAAUGACUUUCCGAAGUCAUCCUUACACUCUGCAGUGUUUUGUGUGUGUGUGUGUGUGUGUGUGUGUGUGUGUGUGUGUGUGUGUGUGUGUAUGUGUGUGUUUGUGUGUGGUUUGUGUGUCAAUUUCCUUGUGGUGAAGUGCUAAAAGAAUAACCCAUUUAAUUUCUGGAGUAAGCUAGGGAAUGAAUGGAUUUCCCAUUAGAAUUAUUUUUCAUGGGGUUUGAAUCUUCCCUUGAGAGUGUAGAUGUCUUUAUGGUGCAUAAAGUUUCUUUUCCACCCCUCUUUCCCUUUCCCUACCCUCCUUGCUUCUAUCCUCUCUUCUCCUCCCUCCCCCCCAACCCUCCAGUUUUGGCAUAGGCUCAUUCCAGGGAUUGCUAAGUGUGUUCCCCCCCCACCCCAAAAAAUUCUGAUUUUCUUGACAGUAUAAAUAUUGUCCUUGGAGUCCUGUUAGCUGCUCAUGGCUCCCUAACCCAUCUAUUAGAUCCUUUCCACUCCUUACUACUACACCCUCCUCAUUCUUUUUUCUCCCUUUCAGUUUCUGCUGUCAUUGAGGUCACUUUGAUUGCUAACCUGGGUGGUAUUUGUAUAUCUGAGUAAUCUUCUGGGGCCCCUACUCAAGUCAUCUGAAACGUGCCUGGCUCCCUUUCUUCUGCACCCUCCUCACCCCCCAAUCCCUACCUUAUUGCUACAGGCCCAUCAAGUUGAGCCCUGCAGGUGAGCAGACCGAUUCCGACCUGACCCAGGCCAGCAUUGCCUUAGCCACACGUUGUGGCCAUGUCUUGUAUAUUGUAUGUAUAAAUCACAAAGUUGAAUUCUGACUAUUUUUAAGACAAAAGUCUGUUAAACUUUUUUAUUGUAAAGAAUAUUUAUUAUGUGAAUCUCUAUUAUUUUAUGAUAUUUAUUGCAAAGGACUGUCGAAAUGUACUCAUGUCUGAAUAUAACAAAAAUAGCAGUACCUAACAAAAACUAAGGGUGAUGCAAAGAAAGUACCUAUGUUAACUAUAAUGCAGAAAAUAUAUUAAUUAAUGAAA